CCGUGUGUCCGUGUGUCCGCCGUGCCCUGUGCCUGGCGUGGGGGCGUGUUGGCCGCUCUCUUAGUGUGUGUGGAGGCGUGUGUGGAGGCUUGGGAGAACGACAAGUGGGAGAAGUUUGAAGGUGUGGAGGUAGGAGGAAAAAAGUGACAGCUAACACGCACACACGCACGCACGCACAGCUAGACAGGUGUUUGUGUCCGCUCAGGUGUGAAUUAACUGGACCAGAAAAAGACAGACCAGUGAUGGCUGCAAUCCCCAACCCCUGACCUCCUUCCCCGCCACGGCCGUCCUCUUCCCCACCACCACCUCCUCCUUCCCCUCCUCAGUGGUGGGGAUGACGGGGAGGCUGGUGAUGAAUGUGGUGGUGCUGGGCCUGGUCUUUUGUAGCGUCGCUGAAGGCUAUUCCAGCAUCACCCGAGGCAGUGGUGAUAGUGAUGACAGUGGCGAUGGUGGUGGUGUGUACUUGAGGCCAAACGCACGGAACACCCCAAACUAUGACCGCUUCAACUCCAGCACCGUCAACACCACCACCUUCCGCACCAUCGCCUCGCCUGUCACUCUCGCCCGUGUUCACUGCGAGUGGAAGAUCUUUAACCCCCGGCGCCACAAGCUGGUGCUCAGGUUCACCAAGUUAAACCUCAAGCACUGCCAAGGAGCCUUCCCCCAGUGCUGUUUCCAGUGGCUUGAGCUAACCUUGAACGCCACAGGAACUAAAGGGAGAGAUUACAAUACCAUGGCGCUCACCCCACACCACACCACAGGCCUCUCCAGCAGCGGGGGGGGCGGGGGAAGUGUUCUGGGGGUGGGGCGGGUGUGCGGGUCAUCUCUCCCGCGCCCCGUCGUCACUGAGGCCCCGCAGGUGUAUGUGACUUUCCAUUCAUUGCCCCAUGACGGACUGGGGAACUAUAGGAGCGAAGAUAACGGGUUCGUCCUGGAGUUUUAUUCUGUCAAGAACAUUACCUGGUGUGGCCGUUAUGAGUUCCAGUGCCACUCCCCUCGCCUGUGCCUCCCCCUCGAGUGGCUCUGUGACGGGAAGGUGCAGUGCCCAGACCACUCAGACGAGCACUACUGCAUCAGCGAUCUGCCGCUGCACCGGGAACAGCAACUGGUGAAGAAGAUGCUGAAGAAGAAGAGGAAGAUGAAGAAGCAGCAGCAACUGAAGGAGACGGAGAAGAAGGACGAGAGGAAGAAUGUGGCAGUGCAGAGUGAGCUUGGGAGAGAGGGAAGAAGGAGGAGGAGGAGGAGGAAAAGAAGUUUGUGUCUGCAGGAGGCCACCACCAUCCAGUGUGAUGGGGUCUGGCAGUGUCCGGACGGGGAGGACGAGAAAGGGUGCCAAGGCUGCGGCCCAGACGAGUGGUGGUGUGGGGUGGGGCGGGAGUGCUAUGGUCCCAAGCAGCGCUGUGACGGCACUUGGCACUGCAGCAACGCCAUGGAUGAGCCUUCUUGCGAUUCUAACUGUCCGCGGCGUAUCUCCUGCUGGGGAUGGGGUUGUUAUCUUCUCUCCCAGCGCUGUGACGGCACACCUGACUGCCGGGAUGGGUCUGACGAGGAGGCGUGCCCACCUGAACUGUGUAAUGACCAGCACGGCACCUUCCUGUGUGACAACCAGCAGUGCAUCAAGGAGAGUUGCCUGUGUGACCAAAACGAUGAUUGCAGGGACGGAAGCGAUGAGCAGAACUGUCUGAGGAACUCGGUGAUCGGCGUUGCUGCCAUGGGGGGCCUGGCAUGCUCCCUCCUGCUGGUGGUGGCGGUGGGCUGCACAGGCCGCCUCUACGCCCUACGGAUGGGACUAACCAGGCUGCAGGGGUCAGGUAGUCGGGGCAGGGGUGGCAGCGGGGUGCGUGGGGGUGUGGGCGGGGGUGGCGGGCCGUCCAGUUCGUCACACGCCCCUCGCUCCCGCCUGGAAGAACACCUCAUGCAGAGAGAGAUGCCGCCGCCCUACGAUGUGGCCGUCAGUGACCACUCCAACACACUUUUCGGCUCCUUCAUGGAUUGGCAACAGUGGCGGAGACAGCGGCAUCGGCCCUUGGUGCCUCGGGACAGUGCCAACCACCCCCUGCGAGUGCCAGCCGACCCCCACCACCCCCAAUUCCACCAGCACUCCACCUCCUCCUCUGUCCCGGGCCUGGCGGUGGAGAUACAGCCGGCAAGGGGGAGGGAAGGGGAGGAGAAGGUGGAGGAGAGAGGAGCUGGGGAGGAGAAUGUUGCCUCUACUAAUGCCUUUGUCUUUGCUAUGCAUGAGCAGGAUGAUGUGCCACUCCUGACAGACCUAGGGGGUGGUGAGGGGGAGGGGGAGGUGGGUGAUGACGUGCCCCUCCUCCUCGACAUCACCUCCACCACCACCACCUCCUCCACCUCCACCUCCACCUGUGAAGAGGACUCAGACCAAGAGGAAGAGGACAUUGGGAGUGAUGAUGUUGAUGAGGAGGAGGAGGAAGACGACGAAGAAGAGGGGAGGAAGGAGGAGGAGGAGGAGGGGGAAGAUAAGGGAGUGGGGAAGGCUAUCACCCAUCCCCUCCUCCUCCCUGACCUUAUCCACCUCACUCCCCAACCCCUCCAUUCCCCAUCGACACACACCCAAGAAAAGGGAGAAGGGGGGGAAGGUACAGAGGUGGGGAGGAGGGAGAGAGAAAACACCCCAUCCUCAGCCCCUCCAACCUCCCCAUUCACCCCUAACACAGAGAUGAACGCUGAGAAAGAGGAACGAAACCAAACUAACACAUCCUCCCCCUCCUCUUCCCCUUCGUUCCCUUCUGAGGAUGCUGCUGGUGAAGGUGGUGGUGGUGGUGGUGGUGCUGAUGUGCUGUCCGCUGAUACAAGAGCUGCCGUGCUGGCCCUUAGUGCUGUACAAUCACACAUGAAUGAGAUGAGCCACAGUGAUACAGAGAUGAUGAGUCAGUAAAAGAGAAAGAGAGAGACAGAUGACGAGAUGACAAGUUAGUAUGGUAUAGAUUCACUUUUCACUGCUGUAUUUCUUUGUGUGUGUUUGUGUAUUGGUACAGAGAUGAUUUGCAAGUAGGAGAGACAGAGAGCAAGUUAGUUUGAUAGAGAUUAGUUGUUUGUUGCGAGAUGAUGUGCAAUAGAGAGAGAUGAAGAGACAGAGAUGGAGAGAUAGAGAGAUUGACAGCAAGUUAGUUUGAUAGAGAUUCAUUUUUUGUUGCGAGAUGAAGAGACAGAGAUGGAGAGAUAGAGAGAUUGACAGCAAGUUAGUUUGAUAGAGAUUCACUUUUUGUUGCAAGAUGAAGAGACAGAUAGAGAGAUAAAAAGAGAGAGAUUGACAGCAACUUAGUUUGAUAAAGAUUCAUAUUUUGUUGCAAGAUGAAGAGACAUAGAGAGAUAAAAAGAGAGACACAGCAAGUUAGUUUGAUAAAGAUUCAUAUUUUGUUGCAAGAUGAAGAGACAUAGAGAGAUAAAAAGAGAGACACAGCAAGUUAGUUUGAUAAAGAUUCAUAUUUUGUUGCAAGAUGAAGAGACAGAUAGAGAGAUAGAAAGAGAGAGACACAGCAAGUUAGUUUGAUAGAGAUUCACUUUUUGUUGCAAGAUGAAGAGACAGAUAGAGAGAUAGAAAGAGAGAGACACAGCAAGUUAGUUUGAUAGAGAUUCACUUUUUGUUGCAAGAUGAAGAGACAGAUAGAGAGAUAGAAAGAGAGAGAUUGACAGCAAGUUAGUUUGAUAGAGAUUCAUUUUUCUUUACUUUUUUCUUUUUCUUUCUUGUGUGUUUGUUUGUGUAUGUGUUUAUAUUGUAUUGUAUUAUUUCUCUGUCUUAGUUUUUCUUGUCUUUCUUUGUCUUUGUAAUUGUAUUGUUUCUUAUCUUAUUUCUGUUGCUUUUGAGUUGAGGUACCAAAGAAAGAGGUUUACUUUUGGUUUGUUUUUCUUUAUGUUUGUUUGUUUCAUUUAUUAUUAAGUGUUGUAUGUAUAUUUUGGAGUUUACAGAGAGAGAGAGAGAGAGAGAGAGAGAGAGAGAGAGAGACCUAUGAAA